UAGUACUGGGAUUGUUUAUUUUGAAUUCCACAUUUAUAUAAAUCAAAAUGGCAUCAUCUGGCCGUCCCGAAAAGCAAGCGCCGCCUGAAAUAUACUAUGGAGAAAAAGAAGCGAGAAAAUACACGUCAAAUUCACAUAUGAUAGAAAUUCAACAGCAACUGUCACAACGAGCGAUAGAACUUCUAUCUCUUCCAGAAGAUACUCCAUGUUUUAUAUUAGAUGUUGGUUGUGGUUCUGGACUGAGCGGUGAAUGUCUUACGGACUUAGGACACGUUUGGGUUGGACUAGAUAUCAGUCCUCACAUGUUAGAUGUAGCUGUGGAGAGAGAAGCAGAAGGCGACCUUGUUUUGUCAGACAUGGGCUAUGGUGUUCCUUUCAGACCAGGCACAUUUGAUGGUGUCAUUAGUAUUUCAGCUUUACAAUGGCUGUGUAAUGCAGAUAAGAGAUUUCAUCAUCCACCCAGAAGGUUACACAAGUUCUUCAGCACACUGUAUGCAGCUAUGAGUCGAGGAUCCCGUGCUGUGUUUCAGUUGUACCCAGAAAACAGUCAACAGCUGGAAUUGAUUACUCAACAAGCCAUGAAGGCAGGCUUCACUGGCGGUUUGGUCGUUGAUUUUCCCAACAGUACAAAAGCAAAAAAGAUGUACCUGUGUCUGUUUGCCGGUGGUGUUGUUCAGCAGUUACCCAAGGGUCUGGGAACAGAAGAAACUGUCCCAGGACAGAUACAGUACAGUGAUACAAGAGAAAGGAUAAGAGGUGCCCGGGGUAAACCAUUAAAGAAAAGUCGUGACUGGAUACUGGAGAAAAAAGAAAGAAGAAGAAGACAAGGAAAAGAUGUCAGAAAAGACACAAAGUACACAGGAAGACACAGAAAGUCAAGAUUUUAGUUAUUUUGAUGGACUAUAUAUAAAUUGCUAUUAUGAUAUACUAAA